AUGAUCACAAGACCUCCAGCAAGGCCGCAGUCCCUCCUGCGAGCCUUUGUCAAGCAGGCAAAUGCCGCACCGUCGUCCUUCCUCAAACGACAGGUCCGAAGAAAACACACCCUGCCCGUCUGGGCCAACCAGAGUAAACAGGACUUCUUCUCCCGCCACGGCGUCCCCGGCUUCCUGAGCGCAGAAACCUACCAAGAAACCUACGUGAAGUACACCCAGCACCUCUGCGACCGCCUCAACGAGCUCGUGUUGGGGACGGCAGAAGAGUCCUCCUCGACCUACGACCUGCACGUCAAAUGCGCCCAUCGCUCGGACCGGGCACACCUCUACAACCUCGCCGCCAUGGUCGAGUUCACGCGGUUCUUUUGGGAAUACCUUACGGAAAGUGAAGAUCCGGCGAUCCACAAACCGGGGCUCAACACCACGAGGAGCAUUGAGGCCAGCUUCGGCAGCGUGACGAAUCUCCGCGAAGAGAUGCUCGAGACCGCGGACGCCAUGUUCGGCAACGGGUUCGUGUGGCUCAUGAAGGGGAAGAACGUGGGCGACAUGCGUAUCCUGGCCACGUACAAUGCGGGCUCACCGUACCCUGACGCGGCACCCAGAAGAGACGACAAGGAUAUGGCGACCUUUGACGGCCGCACGCUCUCCGACCAACUCUCUGGCCGAGGCGGCUUGGGGUUGCCGAGCCUGGAAGAGCGAAACAUUUCUACCGGGAACUCGACGGCGGGCUCGUUUGGCGACUUCAGCUCGUCCCGUGCAAAUCUCUACUCCGGGGCAUUGGACAUGCAACCCAUCUUGUGUGUCAACGUGUGGGAACAUCAAUGGCUGAGGGACUACGGCCUCCUGGGGAAAAAAUGGUACCUGGGAGCAUGGUGGGAUCGCAUUGAUUGGCAAAAGGUGGAGAGUCAACACGCCCUGUACGAGACGGGCGGAGAGUGGAAUGACUACUGGUCGAGUGGGAAUAAAUCGCCGUAUGCCACCACGGGAGGAUCGAGUGUACUAGAUGCUUUGAGGAGAUGA